AUGGCGUCCCUGUCUGAUGACAUCAAAAAAAUGCCUCACUCUGUCUCCCUGCGCCGUGGGCACCUGGCCCACCCUCGAUCCACGGCGACAACGCCUUCUGUGGCAAUGAGGCCAGUUCCUGUGGCCCUGCAGGCUCUCUGGGCACGCCUGCCCUCUGAACAGAUCCGCUCAAAAUCGCGCUGCAAGCUCCACACUGCCCACCCGCUCGAUCCCAUGACGCGCUCUUGGUGUCUCCUGCUAGCCCUUCUGGGCCUGUGUUUGGGCCUACCAGGGGUUUGGGCCGCGGACUGCGAGUCCCUUGGCCCAGCGGAGCGCCUGACAUUCGCCCCGGCGACCAGGGCCCGGUGGCUGGCCCCUCGUGUCCGCGCUCAGGGGCCCUUGGACCCCCUCUAUGGCACCGUGCGUCGCUUCCUCUCGGUGGUGCAGCUCAACCCCUUCCCGGCGGAGUUGGUAAAGGCCAUACUGAAUGAACCGUCCUCCUGGAAGGUGGAUGAGGUAGUUCGGUAUGAGGCUGGCUACGUAGUGUGUGCUGUGAUUGCUGCUCUCUACCUCCUGGUGGUGCCCAUCACCGGACUCUGUUUCUGUUGUUGCCGCUGCCGCCGGCGCUGUGGAGGCCGUGUGAAGACCGAGCACAAGGCAAUGGCCUGUGAGCGAGGCACCCUCAUGGCCUUCCUGCUGCUGACCACCCUCGUGCUGCUAAUUGGCUUAGUCUGUGCUUUUGUCACCAACCAGCGUGUGCAUGAGGAGACGCGCCCCAGUGUUGAGGCUGUGCCUGAGACUCUGCUCAGCCUCCGGGGCUUGGUCUCUGAUGUCCCCAAGGAGCUGCAAACUGUGGCGCAGCAGUUCUCCCUGCCUCAGGAACGAGUCUUGCAGGAACUGGAUGGUGUCGGUGCAAGCAUAGGCAGUGCGAUUCACACCCAUCUCAAGAGCACGAUCUACCCAGUGCUGGCCUCAGUGCUCAGCCUGGGCCAUGCCCUGCAGGUCUCUGUGGACCAUCUCCAAGUCCUGAAUGCCACCUCGGUGGAGCUGCGAAGGGGACAGGAGGAGCUGGAGCCAGCCAUAGUAGAGCGUCGAGAACAAAUCCUGACCCUGCUGCAGGGACCUGGCUGCCAGGGUUGCUCAGGGGUUGUGAGCCAGGCCCGAGCCCUGGAACUGGGCGCUGACUUCAGACAGGUGCCCUCUGUGGACAAUGUCCUGCAUCGGCUGAAGGGUGUCCCAGAAGCCAACUUCUCUGCCAUGGUCCAGGAGGAGAACAGCACCUUCAAUGCCCUCCCAUUCCUGGCUACCAUACAGACUGCUGAUGUGGUCAAAGAGUUGAAGAAGGCAGUGGCUCAGGAACCCCAGGGCUUCAGUACACUGGCUGAAGCAUUUCCAGGCUCAGAUGCUGCCGCUCGCUGGAGCCAGACCUUGGAAGACGCAGAACAGAGUAGCCGCUCUUACCUGCAGGAGGUGCAGAGAUACGAGAGAUACAGGUGGAUUGUGGGCUGUGUGCUGUGUUCCAUGGUCCUGCUUGUUGUGGUCUGUAACCUGCUGGGACUUAGCCUGGGUAUCUGGGGGCUGUCUACCAGAGAGGACCCCAGCCACGCAGAGGCCAAGGGCGAGACCGGAGCCCGCUUCCUCAUGAUGGGUGUAGGUUUCAGCUUCCUUUUCGCUGCACCCCUCAUCCUUCUGGUCUUCGCCACCUUCCUGGUGGGCGGCAACGUGCAGACACUGCUGUGCAGGAGCUGGGAGAGUGGGGAGCUCUACGAGUUUGUAGACACUCCAGGAAACCUGCCCCCAUCCAUGAACCUAUCUGACCUUCUUGGCCUGAAGAAGAACGUCAGCAUCCUCAUGGCCUAUAAGCAGUGCAAGGACGGGGCUGCACUCUGGAGUGUCCUGCAGCUCAAUGAUUCCUAUGACCUGGAGGAGCACUUGGAUAUGAGCCAGUACACCACCAAGCUGCAGCAGGAGUUGCAGAACCUCAAGAUGGACUUGCAGGACCUGGACCUGCUGAAUGCUGCCUCCCGCCGGGACCUGGAGGCCCUGAAGAGCAGUGGUCUUGAGAAGAUCCACUCCGCGGAUUUUCUUGUUCAGAUCCAGAAGCCUGUGGUGAAAACUGAGAUGGAGAAGCUGGCCCAGGAACUGGAAGGACUCGCCCCGGCUCAAAGCAAUUCUGUGCUGGGGCAGCAGCUGCAGGAGGAGGCCCGAGAGCUCAGAAGGCUCUUGCAGGAGAGGGUCCUCUCCCAGCAGACCCUUGUGGCAAAGCUCAACCACAGUGUCAUAGCCCUGGCAUCCUCUGCCCCAGAUCUCCAGGUGGAGACAUCAGACAUCUUGAACAAGGCCACUUACCUGAAAGGGGAACUUCCUGCCUGGGCUACCCGCAUCAUGAGGAAUCAAAGUGAGUGUUUCCUGACUCGGGAGAUGGGCUACUUCUCCCAGUACAUAGCCUGGGUGAGAGACGAGGUGACUCAGCACAUUGCCACCUGCCAGCCCCUCUCUGGAGCCCUGGACAAUGGCCGUGUGGUCCUGUGUGACUUCAUGGUUGACCCCUGGAACGCUUUCUGGUUCUGCCUGGCAUGGUGCACCUUCUUCUUGAUCCCAAGUAUCAUCUUUGCCAUCAAGACUUCCAAAUAUUUCCGCCCCAUCCGGAAACGUCUCAGCUCCACCAGCUCUGAGGAGACACAGCUCUUCCACAUUCCCCGCGUCACCUCCUUGAAGCUGUGA